UUUCCUCCCGCUCUCUCCCCCCUCACAUGACGGCAUGAUUCCAUAGACGCACCUAGACAAUUACAGCGGCAAUAAAUCUCAGCCAUUCACCAGUUAGUCGUACCUAAUUCUACUGUUUAUAGAAACCUCUCAUUCUUCUCUUCCCUUCCACUCACUUCCGAAUUGAGUACAGCUGUAAUUUCGUUUUGGCAUUCACUGUCGUAACGAGAACGAGUCGGCUUUUUUGCAUUAAACGUAUUUACGACAAUCCUUUAAGAACUUAUUGGUCACUUCGACAUUCGGCACAGUCUGUCUACGUAAUUUUCAACCAAGAUUUUAUUUUGCAUUGCUUGCUCGAGUUAAGUCCUGUCCCGGUUUCACACACACUCUCUCUCCGUGUAAACAAAGUAUCCAACAUUGACAAUGUUGAAAUGCCUUAAAAGAAAUGGUUUUAGGCGUUUACAAGCUUCAGUAAGAGCAAUGCCUUCACAAUUGCCUCGUAGUUCGAUUUUUUUUCGCAACAAUUCCUCAGAAGGGAAACCUCCUUCGUCUUCCGGUUCUCCAAGUGCAAAUCCUCCUUCUCCCUCUUCUACAACGUCUGCUGACAAAUCUCAAGCUCAUCCGGUUUCCAUUCCAAACACAGACGCCUUACAGGAUGCGAAUACCGGUGUCGUGAGACGGAUGUCUUUUAAAAAACCCUUGCGCGCUAUUUUUGAGGUAGGCGGAAAUUUAAGUGUCGUCGCUGUCAUGCUCUUGCUUCACAGUCUUUUUAGUUACAAAUACGUGACCCCUUUAAAUGUCCCGCAGAAGGAGCGAAAGACGUUGGUAAUUCUGGGCAGCGGUUGGGGCGCUAUCUCUCUGCUCCGCGAUAUUGACCCGUCCUCAUUCAAUAUUGUGCUCGUCAGUCCAAGAGAUUACUUUUUAUUUACUCCUCUGUUGCCUUCAUGCACAGUCGGAACACUUCAAACAACAAGCAUAAUUGACCCUUUACCUUGGAUUAUACGUGGUUACAGCAAUGGAUUGAAAUAUCACCAGGCUGAGUGCAAGUCUGUCGACCCGAAAAGCAAGACAAUCACGAUUGGAUCUGCCCCUUCCGCUCCAGACACUGAAGAAUCCGUAAUCCAUUAUGACUACUUGGUCACCGCCGUCGGUGCAGAAAACCAGACGUUCGGCAUCGAGGGCGUGAAGAAGUACGGCCAUUUUCUGAAGGAAGCCGGAGACGCGGAAAAGAUCAAGCUGAAAAUCGUAGAGAUUUUACAGGAGUUACGCUUUAACAAAGCUUUAAGCAAAGAUGAUGUCGAUCGCUUGUCUCACAUAGUAGUUGUUGGAGGAGGCCCCACUGGUGCUGAAUUCGCAGCUGAAAUGCAAGACUUUAUUGAUGAAGACAUUCAGGAAUGCUAUCCAGACGUUCACCCACACCUGCACGUGUCAUUAAUCGAGGCCAGUCCAAACAUUUUGGCUAUGUUCACCAAGUCCUUAAUUGACUAUACGCGAGCUUUAUUUAAGAAAAUGCACAUCAAAGUAAUGACCAAGGCAGUCGUAAAGGAUGUGUCGAAGGACUCACUUGCCGUCGAAUUUGUUAACGCUGCUGGGGGUAAGUCCAUUUCCCAAAUUCCUUAUGGGUUGCUUGUCUGGGCAGCUGGUAUCAAGGCUAGACCGAUUACAAUGCAAAUGAUCUCUACUGUCCCAGAGCAAAAAGGCGCUCGAAAGGGUUUGUUAGUGGAUGAAUACUUGGCCGUGAAAGGUAUGAGUGAUGUGUAUGCUAUCGGAGACUGUGCCUUCAGCGGACUUGCAGCAACUGCCCAAGUUGCUCAUCAGCAGGGUGAGGCACUUGCCAUCAAUUUAAACGUGCUUGCGAAACAAGAUUCUUUGCAGCGUGAGUUGGAGUCGUUGCAUAGGAUCUCUCACUCUGAAAAGGUAGAUGAUCGAAUUGCGGCUAUUGAGAAUGAACUGUUGCAUAUGUCUGUCAAACCAUUCGCAUACCGACACCAGGGUGCUUUGGCAUAUAUCGGCGAUGAUAAAGCCGUCGCAGAGAUGCACCUCCCUUUUAUGAAGAAGACAAUUCCGAUAAGUGGAACACUUACUUACUACUUUUGGCGCAUGGUGUACCUUUUUGAACUCAUCUCUACCAAGACCAGAGUGUCUGUUUUAUUCAAUUGGCUGACCACACGUUUGUUCGGCCGGAGUUUGACAAACCUGUAAUUAUUAUAUAUAAAAUUCUGCUGGAGAGACUAGCUACUACGGCUUCAUGAGCUUAUUUUUAAUGAAAUACAUGAUGAUUCUAAUUUGGAGCAAACAUUUUGUCAAAUUCAAAGUGGUGCAUUCCCUAGUGACAUUUUUUUGUUAUCAUUCUGCUGCGUAUGUUUUAUCCUCUACAUUACAAAA